AGAAUAUGUGGAAUGGUGACGUCAUUGUUGAGUUCAGACAACACUUCCUUGAAUGAGGCUGUUGUUGGUAAAACUAUUGUACGCAUGUUUAAUGAAGUCAACAUUCCGAGAUUGACGUAGCCUAAUUUAAGUGGGCAUGCUGGCACAAUUCCCACAAUUGAACUUGGACAGAAAAAAGGAACCAUUAAUCCAGUGUGACGUGGGAACACAGUGAUGCCCAAAUGAUGGACAGUAUAGAUGAAAAGACAAGUGUGGGGGUGAGUCCAUGGGCAGGGUGUGUGGUGUUGUUCCUGCAGUCGCUCUCCCCAUCAUUGGAUCUUCUGUCCAUUUAUAAAGACCCAAAUGGCAAAUUCAGCUUGUUCAAGGUCCUUAAGCUCACCCUGUCAGAUGUAAUCGGCUAUGAGGGAUAUGAGAUGUUGAAGCUGCACGAUGCAGACCCUGCUCUGGGAGUGGAGCUGAAGUUCACAGCAAUCUCAUCGUGUCGACGCUUCCUUGAGAGCUACGCGUGCGGACUCCUGAGACAGGCCCUCCAUCAGCACGCGUCCAGGCUCCUAGUUCGCCCUGAAGAUCUUGAUAUACAGAUGCAGCUGAAGGCAGCCACACAGACACUGGACCUCUGCUUGAAUGACCUGGAAGGCUGCCUCACAUGUAUAAGCAUAUCACAGCCCGUGAGACUUCGAGAUGAUGAGAUCACACAGCUGGAGAAGGCGCUGGAGCAGAGUUAUGCUUCCCAGACUCUCCGUGCAGCCGAAGUACCCGACAACUGCUUUCUGUUUCAGGAGAGGGUUUUUGGAGACCGACCACUGACUCCUGCAGAUCAGCAGCAGUUUGCAGCUCAUAUUGGGCGGGACUGGAAGAAAGUUGGACGGACCUUACAGAAAGGGUGUCGUGCCCUAAAAGGGCCAGCUAUUGACAAUCUGGCAUAUGAAUACGAAAGGGAGGGUCUUUAUGAACAGGCCUAUCAGCUGUUGGGACGGUUUAUCCAGUCAGAGGGCAGGGGGGCCAAACUUGGCCGUCUAAUUGGUGCACUGGAGGAAAAUAAAUUGACCAGCAUUGCCGAGAUUAUGCUAGAUAUUAAGCCAAGAGAUUGAUUGUAAGGGGCAAUCAAACAGCCUAUAUCAUUCAGUAUCAUCAGUCAUGUAUUCUUCAGGUGACAUAGAUAUGUCAGAAUGUGCUGGGCUAUUUUACAACUUUUCUUUGGUAUUUCUGUAUGUAUCUUUUGUAAAGAGUAAAGUUUCUCUAAUAGUCUUGA